AAUUAAGAAAAAUUACGUAAACUGCGCGUUUAUUAAUUUUAAUUUCUGCCAGAUAAUGCGAAAGGAAUUUAAAGAAAGCAGAAUAGAAUGAGAUAACGGAUGGUCAUAAAUUAUUGAAAAUUCGUGCAAUUUUAAUCUGAUAAUGCUGGGAACGCUUCUUGCCACCUGACCCACAGUGCGCAAAAGAAAGAGAGGGAAAAGAGUGCUGGGUGAAGUUUCAUCGGGAGAGAGGCAGAGAGGUAGUUAAAAAUUGUCGCAAAAUCGUUGCUCUCUGGUAGUAAUCUAUCAGACGCGAUCGAUCAAUUCAAUGGCUCUCCCAACCAGCCCACCACCCCCUCUCUCAGGCACACUCCCAGAGAGAUAAGGUAAUAAAGUGGAUGAGAGAACGGUAGCUCUCGAAUCAACUCACUUUUAUCACACACACAUACACUUGGAAAAAUAUCUAUAUUUAUUGUCUUAAAAACAAAAAAUUAAAUAAUACGUGAGACAAGAAAAAAUAAAAAAUUAAACCCCUGAUGACCAUAGAAAGGAAGCUUUCUUUUCAAAACAGGAAGCCAAAUUUGUUUGGACAUGGCAUAGAAAUUAAAAUCCGAAAAACGAUCAUUUAUGAUUUUGAACCUUAAAGUUAAGGACAACCUUUUUAAAAACUCAAGAAGUAUUAGGAUAGGGUUUCUUAAUUCAUUUAUGGUUAAAGCGUUUAAACGUGGAAAAAAUCGACCGAAAGGUAGUCGAAAAGAUUUUCUCAAAGUGUAGAGAUGAGAGAAGGGGGGCCAGAGAGCCGCUUGGGAGCGAGAGCCACCAGAGCGCGAGAUACGAAUUGUGGGGCACUUCAAUUUCAUUUGCCGAAAAAACGUUGAGCUGUCUCCACACGCGCUCACCGCUCGGCACUGAGCAACAUUUCUGGAACGACGAGUCACACGCACGUCGCUCCCACCAAACAACAACAAAAUCGAGUCGCACAAAUCCAAAUUUAAUUUAUUUUUCCUAACAGAAAUCAUAAAUUAAUCAAAACCAAAGCAUUGUUACAACACAAACGAUUUUCGACUCGGAUUCUCUACUUUUUUUUGGCGGAGAGGGAAAAAGUCAAGAAAAAGCAAGAGGAAGAGGAAGCCAACAACAAAAUGUGCCGCUGCUGUCAAAACUGUUGGGAAGAUUUCUACUGGAAUUGCUUCGAGGAGCGUUUUUGCUACGAUGAAUCGAUCGCCAAUUACAAUCCCGAGGAGGACGAGGACUAUUUGGCAUCCCGAAAGAAUGGCCAGAUUAUCGGACGCAUUCAGCCGUCAUCGGCGGAUAAUAAUAAUUCGCUUACGGUGCCCCAGCCGAUUUGCGAUCAGCCGCAAAUGAGGCAGGGCAACUCGAGCUUGGGCCUGAGCCUAAUGAGCGCCAAGAUCCACGAGGAGGACUAUCGUCGGGAGACUCAGAUCAAUGUGCCCAAUUUGGGACCGGAAAUAUUGGCGGUGUUUGCCAACUCGCAGAUCUUCCAGGACCAUCAGCCCACCAAGCUGAACCGGAUUAGCACAAAGACCUAUCUGGCCGGGAUCCACACGCCGAAUCGCGAGAUGCCGACCACACCGCGUCUCAGUGAUCAGGAGCGAUUGCUGCGUCGUUUGGAAGGCGAUGCACCAGAUUCGAAAUCUGGAUCCCCGGAGAAACGGAUCACCUUCACCCUGGCGCCGAGUUCCGCCGAAUGCUCGCCCUCCGGCAGCCAGACGACCCUCAGUCCCAAGAAGUUCGAGGCCAUUGCCGAGGAGGAGAAGGAAGACGAGAAGGCCGACGACGAGGAGGAGGAGGAGGAGGUUGUGGAGGAGGUGGUUUUGCGACCUCGCCUCAUCGAUCGUCAUCCCCACCUGUUGGCCAAUCCCAGUGGGCUGACCACCACGCCCAAGCGGAUACUGCGAUCCGCCAAAAGCGUUCCGCACAUGAAUGUACGAUCGUCGGCCAGCGAAACGGAUAUAUUCUCCAUUAGCGGCACGAUGACCGGCAGCAGCCAGAUCAGCAUGACACCCGAGGUGCCCUCGAUAUCGUUUAGCAAUCUGCCCAAGAAUUACGAGGACACGCCCACCAUCGAGAAGUACAGGGUGUCGCAGAGUCUCUACUCCAUUCAGACGGCAAAUGCAGCACGGGCCACCCAAGAUGAUUACUCAAUGCCUCGCUAUUUCCGCCGCUCUGCCAUGCUAUUGACCCAGAGUUCGGAGGUCCUGCCUGGUGCCAGCUCCUUGGCCUCCAUGUCGCCGUCGAUGGCCUCUUCGUCUGCCUCGCCAGGAUCUUCGAAGGACGAACUGCGACGGCCCGAGAAAGAGAAGAGCAAGCGACUCCAGAUGCUGCGCGGAAAUCUACCGCCCCUGCUCAUCCAUUCCGUGUCCUUCAAACGCAAUCGCGACGAGGGCAAGCAGGUGGGCUAGUUUGCCGCACUCCAGAAUUUCAUAUUUGUUAGCCACUUUGUCCAUGUUUUAACUGUUUAAAAUGACUUAGCCUGUAGUACCUGCUUAAGCGAUUUCUGUAUUACCUUCGAAGCGAAGACCUUGUCCAACCCACUCACUCAGUAUUCGGAUGUACUUCAUUUUGCUUUUAUGAUUGAUAUUACAAAAUAAAUUGUAUUUUACUCCAGAAA